AUGAUCGGAGGAUGGGCGACAGUCAUGAGCCGACGUGGCGGUUUUGGACGUGGUCGUGGACGUGGUGGCGACCGCGGUCGUGGCCGUGGACGUGGACGUGGAGGCAAGGACGAGAAGGAGACCUGGACCCCCGUUACCAAGCUUGGACGUCUUGUCAAGGACCGCAAGAUCCAGUCGAUCGAGCAGAUCUACUUGUUCUCUCUCCCCAUCAAGGAGUACCAGAUUGUCGACUACUUCCUCCCCUCCCUCAAGGACGAGGUCAUGAAGAUCAUGCCCGUCCAGAAGCAGACCCGUGCCGGUCAGCGUACCCGCUUUAAGGCUUUCGUCGUCAUUGGUGACUCCAACGGCCACGUCGGUCUCGGUGUCAAGUGCUCCAAGGAGGUCGCCACCGCCAUCCGCGGUGCCAUCAUCCUUGCCAAGCUCUCGGUCAUCCCCGUCCGUCGCGGUUACUGGGGUUCGAUCUUGAACGAGCCCCACACCGUUCCUUGCAAGGUCACCGGCAAGUGCGGUUCCGCCGUCACCCGUUUGGUCCCCGCUCCCCGCGGUACCGGCAUUGUCGCUGCCCCCGUCCCCAAGAAGCUUCUCCAGCUCGCUGGUGUCACUGACUGCUACACCCAGGCUUUCGGCUCCACCCGCACCUUGGGCAACUUUGUCAAGGCCACCUUUGCCGCUAUUGGUAACACCUACAGCUACUUGACCCCCGACCUCUGGUCCGAGACCCAGUUCACCAUGUCUCCCUACCAGCAGUACACUGACUUCCUUGCCAAGCCCCAGGAGAAGCGUCGCGCCUAA